AUGGACCCGGCUAGUAAGGCAAUUGCAGAACUUCUCCCGAAUGACAGCAGAACAUGGGCUGCCCGAGCCGAUUCCAGUGGUAUUGCCCUUACCACGCUAUACAAUCGAUACAAAGGGCGGCCCUCAAAGGAAGAGGUGGCCCAACGCCAGCUGUACCUCAGCGUAGAAGAGGAGAAAGUCCUGGUCGCGUUCCUGUUGCUGAUGUCUAGUUUCGGACAACCAGUCCGCAUCAAAUACAUAGCAAUGCUAGCCUUCAGUAUAGCCCGA